AAGGUACAUCGUCGACCUCAUCAGCGGCUCCUGGUGGUGAUGUCAACGAGUCGGGCCCAUCCCGGAGCACGCUAGGCCUCAGUUGGACUAGUACAGAGAAGCCUAUGGCCCGUGCAUCUCGCUUAGAGCGCACAGACCACAGAAUGGUGAAAAGGGACGAACAGAAGAAUGGAAGGCACAACGUCGAGGAAUGAGGAGGAGGAACCCAGCGCACCGGGAAGGAUGCGAGGGAAGAAUGAAGGAAAAAGGAAGGAAGGAAGGAAGGAAGGAAGGGUGGAAGGAACGGAACAAACAAAGAGUGAGGGAAGGGAGAAGGCAACGGAAGAAAGAACCGGCGAAAUCACGUGGUGUUCCUCUCUCAGUAAAGCACCGAUCGUAAUGGAUAUCAGCAUCAACCUCAACCCUAUGUGGAAGCCUCGUUCAAUCCUCCAUUUCCAUCAAUCAACCAACCCCUCAAUCCAACAUUCUUCAUCCAGCGCCGUCGCUGCACCUCUCGCCCCGUGCCAAGCAACUGGAUUCUGUCAGUGCAACGAGAAAGAGAGAACACGUCAUCCUGUGCUUUUUCUGCUGCUGCAGGCAGCUUGCCACUCGUCUCGACAUUUCCCCUGGCUGCUUUUGCCCCUGCUCCCCUCUACCUAAUCUAUUUGCAGAUCACCUAUUGCUUUUUCCUCGUCACUUGGCUGUCCACGAAAGACGGCCCCUUGCGACUUGGCGCUGCUCUCUGCAUCGU